UAAAACGCCGAGCAGGAUGUCCUCUGAACAGUUUAAGUUUCGUAUCGGGGAUCCAGUAUGGGCCAAGAUGAAAGGAUUCUCCCCUUGGCCUGGAGUUGUUGUUAUGCCACAUAGAACGAAUAGCCGGGUGGCUGACGAUGACGCUGAGUUUGAUGCUCUGAUCUCUGGGAAGCAAAGUGUGAAGAAGUCUGCUAAGAAAGAGGCUGGAGGACGUAAACGUAAUAUAUCUGAGGAUAGUGGGAGUACUGCCAGUGGACCAUCCUCGAGUACUAACAAGAAACCUAGAGGUCGUCCUCCGUUAAAGCAGAAGGUUGAUGACAGUUCAGAGAGGGAUGCUAGUCCGGUUCCUUAUAGUUCCAGUAAGAAGGCGGCAGUAUCAGGUCUGCUUGACCGGCCAAGUGUUCUACGUCCAGCAAGCCCUGCUCUUGGGAUUGAUCUAGUGACUAGUUCUCAAACCCUACGGGAGAAGGAUAUUCAACCCAGCAAACUAAACUUCGGGUUCCUAGGAUUAGGUAUAAUGGGAUCUGGUAUGGUGAAGAACUUAUUGAAUUCUGGCCAUCAAGUUACAGUUUGGAACAGAACCACGGAUAAGGUUAAAGAUUUUGUUGAAGCUGGAGCUAAGGAGGCGCUUACUCCUAGUGACGUCAUUGCUGAGUGUGAUAUCACUUUCAGUUGUGUGAGUGAUCCACAAGCAGCGAAAGAUCUCGUAUUUGGUAACUGUGGUGUACUGCAAGAGAUAAACACUACAAAGGGUUAUGUAGAGAUGACUAGCGUUGAUUCCGAUACAAGCCAGGAUAUUGCUGAAGCUAUAUCUCUCAAGGGAGGCAGAUACUUGGAGGCUCAGAUCCAAGGUAGCAAAUGCCAGGCCCAGGAUGGUACUCUUGUAGUUCUAGUUGCUGGAGAUAGAAGUCUCUUUGAUGACUGUCAGUCCUGCUUCCAGGCGAUUGGGAAGAAUAGUUUCUAUUUGGGUGAGGUCGGGAACGCCAGUAAAAUGAAUCUAGUUCUUCAGACUAUGAUUGGCGUGACACUAGCCGGACUAGCUGAGGGAAUGGCGCUUGCUGAUCGCGCUGGACUACAGCAGAAAGAUGUCAUGGAGGUUCUUGAGUUGACCGGGUUGAACUGCCCAGCAAUCCUACAGAAGGGAAAAGCCAUUAUUGACGGAGGAUUUCCUACUCACCAACCCCUUCAGCAUAUGCAGAAAGAUCUGAAGCUGAGCUUGAAUAUGGGAGAUCAGCUGGAGCAACCUCUACCCCUCACAGCUUCAGCUAAUGAGGUGUUCAAGCACGCGAAGAGACUAGGGUACGGCGAGCACGAUGUGAGCGCAGUAUAUAUCCGUGCACGCUUCUAAACAUCAACAGUGUACACUGACUCAUGUACAAAUAUCCACUGUACACUAUAUUGUUUUACCGUUAGAUUAAACCUGUUCAUAGCAAUGUUGACAAAUGACAAUACCCCUUCCAACGGUGCAUCAUUGAAAAUUAGAUUAUUUGAAUUAA